UGGAUUUAGUUAUUUAUGUAUGUAUUUAUUUAUUUUUGCAGAUUCACAAACAUUAUUAUCCAAUGGCCAGGAUCAACCCAUGAUUCACAUAUUUUCAACAACUGCAAUUUGAAAAGGCAUCUGGAGGAAGGGAAAUAUGACAUCUGGCUUCUUGGUGAUUCAGGGUAUGCCUGUAGACCCUACCUCCUGACACCUGUCAACAACCCUGCAAAUGAAAAAGAGGAGAAAUACAACCGCUGUCAUAUUGGAACAAGGAACUCAGUUGAGAGGGCAUUUGGAUUGUGCAAAUCUAGAUUCAGGUGUCUACACAAAUCAACAGGAUGCCUGUUAUUCAGCCCACAGAAGAGCAUCAAAAUUAUUACUGCCUGCUUUCAACUUCAUAAUUUGGCAAUAUUACUGAGGUUGCCUGAGCCUGAUGUUCUUUGUGAGACUCCUGGACCAGAGGUGGACAGCAGUCCUGCUGAUAACCACAACAUAGAUGGAUGUAGAGUCAGGGGAAAUCUUAUCAACACUAGGUUUUAAAUGAGGUAGCAUACAUAUC